AUGUAUCCUACUUCUUUUUCCGGGCUGACGGCCUUAUGUCUGGCCGUCUCUACAGCUGUUUCCGCGCUACCACUGAGCGAUGUCGAAACCCGACAGGACACCAGUUGUGCUGCCGUACACAUCUUUCUCGCUAAAGGAUGGAACGAGACCUACCCAGGACGACAGGGAAAGCUGGCCGGUGCGAUAUGCUACGGGCUCGAGAGCUGCGACUACGAAGAUAUCCUGUUUUACAACGCUCCAGAGGCCGACUACUGCGCCUCGAUAACAGAGGGCAACAACAACGGCCACGCUCAGAUGUCUGAGUAUGCUAGCCGCUGCCCCGACUCUCAACUUGUGCUCAGCGGCUACUCGCAAGGCGCAAACGUUGCUGGAGAUUUACUCGGUGGUGGAGGUGGUUCGUUCGGCGACCAAGCAUGUACAGUGGACACCACUGCUGGUUUUGACCCUACUACGAGUCCUGGAAACAAGCUUGCAGCAGUAUUGCUAUUCGGCGACAACCGUCACGUCGCGAAUCAACCAUACAACAUUCUGUCUGGUGCACCUUACUCAGCUGCAAAUCCGCGAUCCGCUGAACAAGUCCAACAUAUGAACCUGUUUGCACCAAUUAUACAUUCAUACUGUGUGGAGACAGAUCCUGUAUGUGCUGCAGACUCACCUGUGACAGCUGAUGUGGAAACUCACCUCAACUACUUUGAUAUUUACAGUGAUGAGGCUGCUGGCUGGGUUAAAUGGAUGUUGGAAAAUCCUCAGAUGUAA